AUGACGGGUUGUUCAUCAAGUAUUAGAAUGGCCCACCUCAAGAAUGUUUCAAACGGCGGCGUACUUUCCAGGUGUUUUCCCUCCAAGAGUCUGAUCGACUCUAAAUUCCAAUAUUCUGGGUUUAACAAAACUAGAAGAAGUUUGCAUUUGGUUUGCGAGAUUAAAAGGCCGAGACUUGUAGUUGUUAAUGCCGUUAAUCCUGAGGCCGAGCCUCAAUCGAGCGUGGUUGUGACCGCCGUUUCCCAACGAGGAGACAGUGUUUGUUUAAAAAAAGAUGCUGAGAUUAUCGAAAAAAACUACAUUUCGGUACCUGAUAUCGAUAAUGGUGGUGGCAUUAAUGGCGGAAAUGGAAAAUUUUCCGGCGGUGGAGGUGGCGGCGGGGAUGAUAGUGAGGAUAAUUACGAAGAAAAUGAAUUUGGACCGAUUCUGAAGUUUGAUGAGGUGAUUAGGGAGAGCGAGGCUCGUGGGGCGAGCCUUCCAGCUGACAUGUUGGAAGCUGCUAAAACAGUUGGUUUAAGGAAAGUGCUUUUGCUUAGAUAUUUGGAUUUGCAGGGUUCAGUUUGGCCCCUCGGGUUCCUGAUGAGGUCGUGUGCUAUGCUUCGAAACAGGAUGCUUGCUGACCCGUCUUUUCUUUUCAAGAUUGGCACAGAGAUAGUUAUCGAUUCUUGUUGUGCCACGUUUGCGGAAGUUAGAAAGAGGGGAAAGGACUUCUGGGCUGAGUUCGAGUUAUAUACAGCCGAUCUUCUUGUUGGUGUGGUAGUAAAUGUGGCUUUAGUUGGUAUGCUUGCUCCAUAUGCCCGAAUCGGCCAACCUUCUUCUUCUCAAGGAUUGUUUGGUCGUAUGCUGAGAGCUUAUGGGGCGCUGCCUAGCAGUGUAUUCGAAGCAGAAAGGCCGGGGUCUCGAUUUUCAGUGAAUCAAAGAAUUGCUACGUAUUUUUAUAAGGGCAUUCUAUAUGGACUGGUCGGUUUUGGCUGUGGUAUUAUCGGUCAAGGAAUUGCGAACCUAAUAAUGACAGCCAAAAGGAACAUAAAAAAAUCCGAGGACGAUAUUCCAGUUCCUCCCCUUAUAAAGAGUGCAGCUCUUUGGGGUGUUUUCUUGGCGGUGUCCUCAAACACUCGGUACCAGAUUAUCAACGGUCUCGAACGUAUAGUUGAGGCAUCUCCGUUGGCUAAGAAAGUGCCACCUGUCGCGAUGGCUUUCACAGUCGGUGUACGAUUCGCUAACAAUGUGUAUGGUGGAAUGCAGUUUGUGGACUGGGCCCGAUUGUCCGGUUGCCAGUGA